CGGUCCGCGGGUUCGUGUGUGGGCACACAAAAGAAAAGCUCGAUGUGUAAACCCCUUUCCUCUGCAGGAUAGUAGGACUGACCGACUCGUAUAAAUUAGACCGGCAAACCCCCGGUUGACGUAGACCUGGGUGUCUUGUUGCUACAGGGGACGCUAUAUUGAAAGUGAACAGUUUAAACAGAUUUUAGACCGUGUUUUAGUGUUGUUGACGCAUAUACAACCAGGGCUCUUAAGGCUUGCGAACAACUCCAACAGAGGCCACAGUUAGAAGUAGACACACUAGUCUUCUGACACAAUUCAUUUGGCCAGACUCCGUGCUAGCAAAGCUAACGACAAACAGUUGCUUUUUUUCCUCAAAAGAGGCACACAAAGGAAAUGCGGUCGAUUUGAAAUUAUUACCGUCAAUAGGAGUUUAACGCUAAAUGGUCGGGGGAGAUAACUUAUCUCCUAAUAGUUAACGGCACCGAUACUAUCUCUUUGUAGAAACCUCUCAUAAUUUGACAUUCGGGCCAACUAUUGCUAAAUCGCCUAGUGCCAGUUCGCUACAUAACUAGUUACGUGUUUCACGUUAGCUUCUCGUAACCUUUAUUUGAAGAACUGCCAUUAUGGCCUCACUCGUGAACAGAGACGUGCACAGAGACUCGUAUCCUGUCACUAAAAGAAGCUAACGAUGGCAGCCGCUACGGGCGAUGGCCUGUUUUUAUUGAAGGAUGUGAAGCCUGGGUCAAAAAAUCUCAAUAUCGUAUUCAUCGUGUUGGAAAUAGGCCGAGUGACUAAGACGAAAGAUGGGCAUGAGGUGCGCUCGUGCAAGGUGGCAGACAAGAGCGGCAGCAUUGCCAUCUCUGUUUGGGACGAACUCGGCAGCCUUAUUCAAGCGGGGGACAUCAUCAAACUGACCAGAGGCUAUGCGUCCAUAUGGAAAGGCUGCCUGACCUUAUACACUGGAAGAGGAGGGGAUCUACAGAAGAUUGGAGAGUUCUGCAUGGUGUAUUCAGAAGUGCCCAACUUCAGUGAACCAAACCCAGAGCUUGUAACUCAAACAAACCAGCAAAACAAGUCUGGUAAACCAGACCAGAAUCAGAGGGGAAACUCUCCACCCAAUCAGAAUUCAGGUACACCUGCAGCACCAGGUAAUGGUGCCAUGACAUCAUUUGCCAACAACAACAACAACCCAACACCCAGUGCAGCCCGUGACACUGGGUUCGGGAGCGUUGGGCGACCCAAUGGCCGGUCACCUGGCAAUGGAGCAUCUCCAGCUACUACUGCUGCUGCUGCUGCUGCUGCUGCAGGACCCACAACAGCUGCAAAGUCUUCAGUUACCAUUAGCAACGGCAGGGACCCACGGCGUGCCAAAAGAUGAAAUUGGGGCAUGGGAAAGGGGGGAGGGGGGGGCGAUUAUGUGGGAAAACUAUCGACAUCCCCAUUCCCUCCUUCCCCUUUUUAAAAAAAAAAACAUUUCUGCCCCUUCCAUCACAGCCUAUAUUCAGAAUUAAAUUUGGGACUGCUUGCAUCAUUUUUAUACAUGCUAACGUAGUCAAAUGUGUCGUGCUCUCGGAAAGCAUCACAGUGACUGAUCUACCACUUGAUGCAUCGGCAGACCUCGGUGGUUCAAGUCAUGGUCUGCCUUCUUAGUCGCCGCCCCCUUUUCUUCUAAAAGGCACUGCAAGUUGCCAGCUACGUGCCAGUGUUUCCUCCCCCGUACACUGUCCUUAACCCCUUCACCUGUUAUCUUCUUUCAAACUAUACACCCUACUUGAACACUUGAUGCACUUUCUUCACUUAAUUUAUGUCGGGGUAACCUUGGCUGUCAUUUAAUCAGGAAAUUAGUUUGUUUUUCAGCGGGAAAAGCCUUAAGUUGGUCAAAAUGAGUUUUUGGACUGAAUGCAUGAGCGAAGGGUCUUGUCCCUCAUAACCAAACUGUAUCCAAAGUGAAUCUGUGAAAGGAAAGGUGUUAGUUUUGAGUUUUUAAUGUUCGGUAGGUAAAUUGAUAUUAAACAUUUUUGUUUUGUUUUCCA